UGCAGAUGACGCAGUUCCGCCAUCUUGGCUCUGAGGCUACGGAGGAUAGCUACUAGCUCUUAGCUCAACUCCUCGCUAGUUUCUGCUUGAUUUAGUCUGCGUGAGAUUAAAGUGAAAGUGGUUCCGGCUCUUCGGGUCUGAACCUGAACCUGAAUCCGCGUCGGGGGGACUGAUGGACGGGGAAGAGGAGGACUUCAUGUCCGGGGCCCGCUCCGAUGACGGCGGCGGCACUCCGGUUCAGGACGAACACCCGGGGUCAGACGGCGAGGACGUGAGGAGCGACAGACACGAGUCUGAGGACGAGGACAGCCACGGGGAGGACGGCCCUCAGGCCGCGGAGCCCAGCGGGGCCGCCAGCGGCUCCGACAACGAGGAGCGCACAGCGGCCGACAGUGACUCCGAGGUGGAGGCCCCCAGGAGCCACCACAACAAGAGUGACUCCGAGGUGGAGGCCCCCCGUCCUGCCGACAGUGACUCCGAGGUGGAGGCCCCCGGGAGCCACCACGACAAGAGUGACUCCGAGGUGGAGGCCCCCCGUCCUGCCGACAGUGACUCCGAGGUGGAGGCCCCCGGGAGCCACCACGACAAGAGUGACUCCGAGGUUGAGGCCCCCCGUCCUGCCGACAGCGACUCCGAGGUGGAGGCCCCCAGGAGCCACCACGACAAGAGUGACUCCGAGGUGGAGGCCCCCCGUCCUGCCGACCGCGACUCCCCGGUCAAACACAGGACGAGUGGAUCAGACAACGAGGAUUCGUCACCGGUCAAACACAGAGCGUCGGAUCAUGAGGAGGGGGAGGGGUCGUCUCCUCCUCUUAAACGCAGAGGGAGUAGCUCGGACGGGGGGGAGGGGGGGGGCAGGCCCCAAGCGGCCGCGGACAGCGACUCAGAGAACGAGGACGUCAAACCUGCAGCGUCCAAACAGUCCAAAGCCGACAGUGACUCUGACACAGAGACGCCCACGAAACGAAAGGCGGCACAGAUAGACUCAGACGAGGAGGAGGGGGGGGGAAGGAAACAGGAGGAAGUGGGAGGGGGGGGGAAGUGGAACGCUGUGAUGCAGUCUGACAGUGAGGAUGAGGAGGAGGGACAAAAGAGGAAGGCUGCAGCCGGAAGUGACGGAGAGAAGCAGGAGGAGGAGCCGAGAGACGACAGCGACGACGAGACGCCAGUGAAGAGGAAGAAGGCCAUCCUGUCAGACAGUGAGGAAGAGGAGAAAGUAGACAAACCAGCAGCCAAGAGGAGUCGGGCGGUGUCGGACGACGAUGAGAACUCGGACAGCGACGCGGCGGGGGGGCCUGAUAAGAGCCUGGCAGCCAAACUGAGGGAGCUCGGCUCCGACAGCGCCAGCGAGGAGGAGCGCUCGAAGGCGGCGGGGGGGAACCAGGACGAGCAGGCGCUGUUCGGCAGCGACAGCGAGUCUGGAGACGAGGAGGAGAAGAUGAUCGCAGACAUCUUCGGGGAGUCCGGGGAGGAAGAGGAGGAGGAGUUCACGGGCUUCAACCAGGAGGACCUGGAGGGGGAGAAGCAACAGGCCAAGGAGCAGCAGCAGCAGCAGCAGCAGGAGGAGUCGGAGUCGGACGAUGGAGUCGACCGCAGCGGCCAAGACAACAGCUUCAUGUCCGACUUCGACAUCAUGCUCGCUCGGAGGAAAGCCAUGAACAGCAAGAGGAGAAGACACCGGGACGGAGGGACGUUCAUCAGCGACGCCGACGACGUGGUCAGCGCCAUGAUCUGCAAGAUGACCGAGGCUGCAGAGGAGGAUCGAACUCUGAACAGUCAGAAGAAACCGGCGCUGAAGAAACUCACGCUGCUGCCGCAGGUCGUCAUGCACCUGAAGAAACAGGACCUGAAGGAGACGUUCAUCGACAGCGGGGUGAUGUCGGCCAUUAAAGAGUGGAUCAGUCCUCUUCCAGACAAGUCGCUGCCUGCGCUCAGGAUCCGAGAGGAGCUGCUGAAGAUCCUGCAGGAGCUGCCCAGCGUCAGUCAGGAGACUCUGAAGCACAGCGGCAUCGGCCGCUCCGUCAUGUUUCUGUACAAACACCCCAAAGAGUCUCGACCCAACAAAGACCUGGCGCUCAAACUCAUCAAUGAGUGGUCGCGGCCCAUCUUCGGUCUGACGUCGAACUACAAGGGGAUGACGAGAGAGGAGCGGCAGCAGAGAGACCUGGAUCAGCAGAUGCCUCAGAAACGACGGCUGAGUCAGCCUCAGAAGGUGGAGAGGGCGGAGGAACCUGACGUCUUCUCUCCACCAACCAGCUCCGGGGGUCAGACGCCUCGCAGGGACCUGGAGAAGCAGCUCACUGGAGAGGAGAAAGCUCUGCGACCCGGUGACCCCGGGUUCUGCGCCCGGGCUCGAGUCCCGAUGCCGUCCAACAAGGACUACGUGGUUCGACCCAAGUGGAACGUAGAGGGCGACUCCAGCAGGGGGCCCAUGAAGAAGGGCGUGUCCCGGGUCGAUAAACAGAUGCGUAGAAUCGCUGAAGUCCGACGCCUGACGAAGCCCGGCCACGCCGUGAAGAUCAGCGUCCAGGGAAACCACAUGCCGCUCUGAUUUUAACCUCCCUAGGAUUUAUACACUUCUUUUUCUUUUUAGUGUUUUGUUCCUGACUUCCCCCCCUUCCUCCUCAGGUCCGGCCCUGCCUUGCUCAAGGGCUGAGGUCAAAGUGUGAAUGUCUGGUGAUGUCACAGAUAUUUGAGAGAUUUUGACCUCGCAGGUUUUUCAGGAACGAUCCACCUCUGCCUUUUUGUUUCUGAACGUGAAGGUGUUUUUAUGUUUUGUCCCCUCUCUGCUGCCGUAGCAGCUGUACAGGUGUGGUCUGAUCCCACAGUCGGAAUGUUGUGUAUCUGAUGAUGAUUUUGUUAAUAAAGUCACAAACUCUCUUCA